AUUUAGCGGUUUACUUUCAAGCCGUAAUUAAUAUUUGAUGGUGAUAAUUACAGGAGUUCCGAACUAGACUUAAGUUUUAGAAUCUAGAUUCUAGAUAUCUAGAUUUACUUUGCCCAGUGAAAGUUUGAUAAACAAAAUAUGGCAGAAAAUUCUAAUAGAAACGCCGCUUGUAAGCCUCAAUUUGAAAACCCCUGCCCUCCCAGCAUAAAAAAAGCUUGCCCUGCACAGAAAGAGAAAGAAACAGAAGCUGAGAACGGCGCUUGUAAACCUCAAUUUGAAAACCCCUGCCAAGCUUGUCCUGCACAGAAUGAGAAAGAAACAAAAACUGAGUCAGAAGUUAAGUUGAAAAAGAUGCCUUGGUCACCCCCUUUUGAUGCAAGAUUCCCUAAUCAAAAUCAGACAAGAAACUGUUGGCAAAACUAUGUUGAUUACUUCCGUUGUCAGAAAAUAAAAGGUGAAGACUAUGCCCCUUGUGAAUACUUUAAAAAAGUAUAUUCACAUCUAUGUCCUAAAUUCUGGGUAGAGGAAUGGGAUGAUCAACGUGCAAGUGGUACUUUUGCUGGCAGAAUUUAACAACAUGCUGUAUUCCUUUCAAGUUUGGUAAUAGUUUGAUCAGCAGCAUACUGUUAGUACAGAAUUUACAAAUGAUUGUCUUCAGGAUAUGUUAAUAAAUUUGGGUUAAGUUU